AUGGCUAGCCCCUUCGAUAUCAUCGCGCUAGCAGAGACGGUCGUGGGCGUGGGAAGUAAAAUUUACAAGUUCUUCAGCAGCCUAAGGAGUGCUCCACAGGAAGUCCGCGACUUCUGUACCGAGCUCGAGCUGCUGAGAUCCAUCCUAUUGAAGAUCGGGAUGUCAGCUUCGCGGAUCAUGGGCAUCUCUCCGGUCACGGGCAGCCAGAUGUUCGGCUUGGAAACAAUCCUUGUAUGCCUAAAGGGGUGUGAGGCUGAAUUCAAGGCUAUCUGGACUGGCGUGUCUGCACUUCAUACAGACCGAGGUAUUGAGUGGGGGAGGCUGGCUGGGAAGCUGACAAAGAGCGUCUCGUGGGUAGUUAAAGCGGGAGAGCUUGAGAAGGCUACGAGGAGGCUCGAUAGGACGAAACAGACUCUCCUGCUUGGUAUGGCAUUUUCAGGGAUCGAGGCGGAUGCUGCUACAGCCCAGGGCCUCAGCUCGAUCGACAUGCACAUUCAAGAAAACGGCGUCUCAAUGUCCUUGCAAGUAGAUAAGCUCAAAGAUGCGAUGCUUAUCAGUCUCCAACAACUUGAACAUCGCUUGUUGCAAAGGGUCAGCGAAUUGUCAGGCAUUGCGGAGGCGCAACAUGAGGAAGGUGACCGGCGCAUCAUUCAGCUUUCUCAGGACUUUCCUUCUCUUUCUCUGGAGACACACCUCGAAACACCACUUGGGCUGGUUGAGGAAGAUAAUCCCAAUGCUACAGCCAAUGCGAUCUCGAUGAACUCGGUUUCAACCUCUCCUCCCGGGGGUCAACAGCCACAGGACGAUCCAGAGAACAUCGGCAUGUCCGAGCAGGACACGGCGUUUCUACAUGGUCAGAUGUCAAUAUCAAGUGGUAAAUCCAUGGAUCACUUCCUCAAGUCGUUAAAGCCAGACGUCCAAGACCUCCUAAGCAAACCAGUGUCAAUCGAUGACCUAAUGGAGAGCCUUCAGCCGUCUUCGGCGAAAUCCAAAGGAUUCGACACCCGCCGCGCAACAUUGUUGCCGCGCAUCACCAAACUCUUCAACAACGCUGGUGUUUUCAGCAACUUGGUACCGAGUGACGAUGCAUAUAAUUACAUAUGGGGAGCCUCGGCGUUCUUGUUGAAGACCGCAUCGCGUGCUGCACAGACUGAAUCUAUGCUGAACAGUCUUGAGGAGAUGCAGGAAGCCUUCGUGAUGUGCGAGCGAGAAUAUAAGCUGUACCCCGAGGGGAACAUCCAUCUGCUGUUCGAGUCACUCUGCAAGGAAAUGGUCGUCGGCAUGGAAUCCACAUUGAAAUUCCACCGAAUGCCAAAAUCAAAUAUCCUGGUGGCGUCAUCUUCGGUACUCUCUGCACGCGAGGCAUUGCAGAAUACAGUGACUCGAAUCAAGAACUUGUCGGAAAAGGUGAUCAGAGAGGUCGAGUACCACCACAGGCGGGAACUCAGAGAGGCAAGCCAGCGGCUGCGGGAAGUGGACAGGAAGCAGGAUGAAGUUCUGCGCAGGCUUGAGGAACAGCAGAGGAUUCUUUCCGGCCUCCAGCAGGAACAGAAGCUCCUUGCGACUGUGACAGAGUACCAGAAAGUCUUGCAACUGCUACAGCAACUUCUGGCUCGACAUGCCUCUUAA